CAAAUAGAGGCAACCGUUUCCCAGUUACUCUUCUGGUUGUGUUGCAUGAUUUUAUUUUAUUCUAUUUUUGUUAAAAUAUGGUUUAAUUUGGAUCUUUUAGCUAGCAACGUAUUGGCGCCUGACUAGUGACUACCUUCUGUAGUUGAAUUCUGCUGCUCAUAAGGAUGAUUACCUGUGGGCUGAGAAAAGUAGGAUUAUCUGUUAAAAUUUAUAGGAUCGACGUAAAAAGAAGAAGAAAAAAAAAAGUAUUUUUUAGAGUGAAUAUAUUCUAUCCUUUGGAUGUUUUGAGCCUUUGAAAUGUAUACAAUUGAUUGUUCAACUUUUGAUCUCCCAGAUGCACAAUAAACAAUCUAAUGAAGAAAAGCCAUGUGAGUGAUAUGAGGUUCGAAACUGUGAUACAGCAGAAAGCAGGGUUCAAAGCUUAACUGUCAUUGAUGAGGAAGAAGCUGGAAUUUCAUUAUUUCAAUUAGAAGAUUUGACUUCUAGUUGGUGCCCAAUGGUUGUUUGUAAACCAGUUUCUAUUAAGACAGCCAACAAAUACUUUUCAGUUCGUAAAGUAACUCGGUCCUUGCCUUCCACUGCACUAUCUUUUGUGGAGAAAGUUCCUCAAGAUGCACAAAAUUAUCAUAUUACAGCUUUUAAUUCAGGUGAUGGAUCCUCAAAAUCAGAUAAUGAGCCAUCUUCAUCUAAGACCAUACGGGAUGUACAUAUUUCAAUGCGGUUAAUGGAGGACUUUCUUGAUCUUGCUAAAGAAAAUACAGAAAAGGAGCUGGAAACAUGUGGUAUACUUGGUGCCUGUCUUGAGAAGGGAACCCUCUACAUGACUACUCUGAUCAUACCAAAGCAGGAAUCAGCUUCCAAUUCUUGUCAAGCUACAAAUGAGGAGGAAGUUUUCAAAAUUCUAAAUGAAAGGUCCCUUUAUCCUGUGGGAUGGAUCCAUACACAUCCUUCUCAAAGUUGUUUCAUGUCAUCAGUGGAUCUGCAUACUCAAUAUUCCUACCAGGCGAUGAUUGCUGAGGCAUUUGCCAUUGUCUUGGCCCCAAAAGAUACAUCAAGGAGCUGUGGAUUAUUUCGACUAACCGAUCCUGAAGGAAUGAAUAUUCUGAAAAAUUGCCACGAGACAGGAUUUCAUCCACAUAAAGAACCAGAUAAUGGCAACCCCGUGUAUGAGCACUGUUCCAAUGUUUACAAAAACUCCAAUCUAAGGUUUGAAAUAUUUGAUUUACGCUGACAUGACUUUGAUGACAGCACACUGCAUGUCCUAGCUACACCUGAAACUAUAAUAAUCCUGAUGUACAUAUGUUGUAAUAUUUGGUUUAAUGUAGCAAGCGUAUUUAUUUUAACGAACAUUUGAAAGAGUUUACCAAGUGUUUAUGAAAAUAAUUCAUGAUUCUCACUUUU